CACACACACACAAGUAAUGGGUAUAAAAACGUGUACAAAAAGAAAUUUUCAUCCAAACAAACCGUAAGCUCACAGCGACACAGCCAUGGCAGACUAGCAGUAUCGCAGUCAUCAUCUGGAUACAACGUAACUCCUUAUUCGUCGCUCCGCGUGAAACGCUGAGACAAUGAAUUUCCUAUCAAAAAUACUCUCGCGCUCUCGCCUGCUGUACUCACAGCCAAGAAAAGGCAUUCUCUUUACACAAACCCUAGCUUCCCUCCAACCAGUGUCCUGUUGUUCCUCUUCAGGACUCAGAGAACGCUCAUGUUCAACUACAUCGUACGUAUUAAACUCCCCGAAACUUGCAAAGGAAUCCGGUGCCGCGUCGUCUUGGCGCAGGCCCAGUGAGAUUCCUUUCCAAGGUAAGGCUGCGAAUUCUGUUAAGCUGGUCGGUUGUGUGCGGCGCCCAGUUCAGUUCCAGACCUUGACUGACGGUAAAUCCGUAGCGGCAACUAUUAUUGAGCAAGAUAACCGUGAACUGGGAACCGCACUGUCUUUUCCCAUGCCUUAUGUGCCUUGUUUCUUGAUUCCUGUUGUAUUUGAGGGUGAUUUAGCUCAUGUUGUGAAAUGCCAUGUGAAGGAAAGUGACUGUGUCUUUGUGUCUGGGAAAUUGUGUGGAGACCCUUUGCCUUUUGCUGUAGGUGAUUAUGAAGGGAGUUUUCAUAUUUUGGCCCAAGAUGUCUACUUUGUGCAGGGUGUGGAGGAGAAGGCUGUUGCCAAGGAAACUGAGGAAAUAAAUUCUGACUCAGAAACUGUACAUGUUGUGGAAGAAGGAAAGGCUGUUGGCAAGAAAAAUGUGGCAGCAAGUAAAACUUCCCUCAAGGGAUUUAAGGUGAAGGAAGUAAAAAACGGGGCCACAGAUUCUGAUUCAAAGACUUCCCCUCAGGGUUUUAAGGUGGAUGAAAUAAAUAUUGAGGAAAAAAUAUCCUAUUCAGAAACGGAUCCUGGGGGUCCUGAGGUGAAGGAAAUUGAAAAUGGUGCUGCAUAUGAUGUUUCAGAAGGUACCAUGUUAAGCUUAGAAAAUGGGGAUCAGAAUGAGGUUAGUAGAGUGGGAAAGACCAGUAUGACCAAAGGUGGUGCUGCUGGAAGUGAAGAUUGGUGGGAUGUGAUCAACCAUCCAAAUGAUUGGCAAGAUUACCGGAAAAGGAAGUCUGAGGGAACUGUGAAACCUAAGCACCCGGAUUUUAAGCACAAGACAAAAGGUAUUGCACUGUGGCUUAAUCAGGCCACCCCAGCGGUGCUUAAAGAACUUGACCGAGUGGGCUUUAGUUCAGAACAGGUUAAGAAAGGGAAGGAGGAGCUAUGGAAGAGUUUGGCGGAGAAUCCUGGUAAAUGGUGGGAUAACAGGACAAACAAAAGAAAUGAAAAAGGUCCUGACUUCAAAAACAAAGAUUCAGGUGAAGUGUUGUGGUUAAGAGAUGCACCCGGUUGGGUAAUUUCCAAGCUGCCACCUCUUCCAGACAUCCCAAACACUGCUUCAGCUUCCACCAAACGACAGGUAUGGUCGGAAUGCAAAUUCUAAAGAAAAUCCAGACAUUCAAGACAACAAUCCUUCUGAGGUUUUUGAAGAGGCUUAUCUCUUUCAUUUCAAUGGAAACUGUGAUUUUUUGAGAAUGUUCUUGAUGUAAAAUGCUAUUAUUACUAUACGAUUAUCUGGAAAAUAGUAUCAUUGAAAAAUAAAUAUAUCAUCCACUUUUUGGCAUUUUUAGUACGGAGUAUAUACAUGUGUACCUAAUGGAAUGUUUUAAAAAGUACGAUCCCUUUUCUUUUAAAAGAUAAACUUGCUUUUGAUCCG